UAUGAUGUUAAUUAAUAAAAUAUUAAAAUAUUUUAACUAGAACGAUAUACAAUUGUAAGAAGUUAUAACUACGGUAAUGAACUUAACAUAUAUAAAGUCCAUAAAAAGAAUGACUCAGAGACUCAUUAUAUGUUAAAAAGUUACAAAACAAGAGAAGAUUUUGAAAGAGAAUCACAGAUGUUAAGAGAAUUACAUGGUGCAAAGAAUAUUGUACAAAUGAUAAACGUUUAUCCAUUGCAAUCAAUUAUUGUAUGCGAAUCUGCCUUAUAUGAUUUGGAAAUAUUUUUGCAUCGUCAAAAUAAUAUCCAGAGACAAGAAGAGAAAGGCAAUAUAAUAAAGGAUAUGGUAUCUGGACUCUUGGAACUCCAGAAACACAAUAUAGUACAUGUCGAAUUAAGACCAAAAAAUAUAAUGUACUUUCAAGAGAAGGAUGGCCAUACUGAAAGUUGGAAGUUGAUAUAUUUUGACACAGCAUGUUUUGUUGGUUCAUAUUAUUCAUAUAAUGCAAAAAUCAAAUUGAAUUAUUCGGCCCCCGAAGUUGUAAUAGCGAAUGAGAAGAAAAUUAAAAUCAAAGCCGAUUUUGCAAUGGAUAUGUUCUCUUUUGGAUUAAUUCUGUAUUUUCUUGAAACAGGUUAUCAUUAUUGGGAUGGAGAAAAUGAAGAAAAAAAAGAAGAAAUUAUUUCUACCAAAUACUUGCCACUUCGUAAUAUUGGCCCAGAUCAUACCGCUUGUUAUGUCAUAAAAAGUUUGCUUGACAAAAGUAUUCCACAUAGAAUGACAUUGGAAGGAUUUAUAGUAAUUACAAAAGUUAACAUUCGAUUAAUUAUCUCCUAGGUUAUUCGAUAUUAAUUUUUCUUUGUUUUUAGCAAACUUCAUAUUACAUCAGUGAGUCAAGCAAACAAAAAAGUAAGUACUAAUUUAAAUUAUUGGCAUUCAUAUUAUAUGAAAAAUGAACCUUUUGGGAGAUUAAUU